AUGCCGCGCGACCCCCUCAUCGGCCUCGUGGGCAAGCCCUCCUCAGGCAAAUCCACAACCCUAAACAGUUUCACAACAAUAGACCCCCAGCGCGCAAUCGGCUACCUCCAGAUCCCAUGCGCCUGCUCCCGGCCCUCCCUCUUGGCUACUCACCCCGACCUCCCCUCCCGCUGCAAACCGAACUACGGCUCCUGCGUCGAUGGGAGGCGGAGCGUGCCGAUCGAGCUGCUGGAUGUGGCGGGCUUGGUGCCGGGAGCGCACGAGGGGAAGGGGCUCGGGAAUAAGUUUCUCGACGAUUUGAGGCAUGCGGAUGCGCUUGUGCAUGUGGUCGAUGUGAGUGGGUGUACGGAUGCGGAGGGCAAAGCAACGCGGGGUUACGACCCGUCACAAGAUAUCGCGUGGCUACGGUCUGAAGUUGUCCACUGGAUACUGGGCAAUCUGAUGGAGAAGUGGGGCGGCAUCAAGCGCCGACACAUAGCUGUAAAAGCCACAGCAGUCGAAACCCUGCAGAAUCAGUUCUCCGGCUACGGCUCCACCCCACCCGUCAUCGCCCGCUGCCUCGACCGGCUAGCCCUCAAAGAGCCCCUCCAGAACUGGUCCGACGCGACGAUCGAGCGUGUUGUAAACGCGUUCAUCGACGAGAAGUUCCCCACCGUUAUCGCUCUGAACAAGAUCGACCACCCCGACGCAGACAAGAACAUUGCCAAGAUCGCCAAGGUGCACGAUGCGAAGACGUUGGUGCUGACGAGCGCCAUCAGCGAGGUGUUUCUGCGGAAGCUCGCGAAACAGGGUUUUAUUCGCUAUGUUGAGGGCUCCGAGUUCGUGGACACGAGGGAGGAUCUCAUCGAAGCCGGGGAUCCGGACGGUGGGGGAUUGAAGGAGAUGGAUGAGAAGCUGAAGACGAGGAUUGAGAAUUUGAGGGAUAUGGUGCUGUAUCGCUUUGGGAGCACCGGGGUGGUGCAGGUACUCUCGCGUGCUGCUGAGCUGCUGGGACUGGUCCCCGUCUUUCCGGUUCGCAAUAUCCAUAACUUCUCCUCUGGAUCGGCGGGGAGUGCGGUAUUCAGAGACUGCGUGCUGGUCAAGAGGGGCUCGACGGUGGGUGACGUGUUUAGAAAAGUCAUGGGGGAUGCACCGCUGGCGUACGCGGAGACUGUAGGAGGUGUAAGAGUGAGUGAGGAUGAUAGUGUCGCGGUCGGGAAGAAUGACGUAAGACUACUGGUGCGCAGGACGAGACUCAAGACCGGCGGGCUGACUUUUCUGGCAGAUCUUAUCGUUCAAGGUUGGGAGGGCAUGACUCGGCUCGUCUGA